CAACCUUUAGACAAAUCACAAGACUAAUGACUCUGAUGAAGACUCAUUGACUCCUCCUUGGUCCCUUCGUCCUCUGACGUUGAUGUUGGUCCAUUCGUUGACCUUUUGUCUUUUGAGGCUGUUGUUUGUAAUGCCGUCCUUUGUCCAUAUGUCCUCUGAUACUGUCUUUUGUCCACUGGUCCUCUAAUGCUGCCCUCGUUCAGUAUGUCCUCUGACGCCGUAAUUCGUCCAUUCAGUGACCUGUUGGACCUCUGACGUCAUCGUUGUCUUUUUGUUCUGUUACAUUGUCGUUGAUCCGUUGGUUCAUCUUCUGACAAUGUCACUGGUUUAUUUAGUUGUUGUUGUUGUUUAGUUGUUUUGAGGCUCAAUAGUGUUUAAGGUUUCUCCGCCAGGUCCAGGUGUGAAUCUUCUGUAUUUAUAUCGAUCUUCUCUUGACGACCACUCAACGCUCUUUUCAUUACACUUAAUUCACCGGGUCACACACACAUUCACACGGUGCAUCAAUGUGCAGCACUUUCUCUGUGGGGGGGGAUUUGGGUUCUAGUAUCCUGCAGAAGUGUGGGAUCAAACCGCCGUUCCUCUGGUAAGAAGGACACCCCUGAGCCACAGCCUCCCCCUAUGAAUGAAUGAAUGAUGCAGAGAUAAAGGCCAUGCCCCUCACCCUCCUCACCUCACCCCCUCCCCCUCUCAGCUGGUCAUGUUACCUCCCCCCUCUCAGAGUGUCUUUAAAGGGCCUGUCGCCGGCUCAGAGAGCGAGACAGCAUAGUCCUAGUGACAGAGCAGAGAAGCUUCUCUCUGACAGCAACACCAUGUUUGGCUCUGUGCUGCUCUGCUAUUGGUCCUUCGGCCUGCUGCGUCUCUCCUCCUCCCUGGUUCAUGGGAACAUCCAGCUGGAUGAUGACCGACGCACUGACUCCUCCUACCUGUCCGACAUCGGGAGAGGCCACGCCCCUGAGCCCAUACGUGACCCCGCCCUCCUGCCUGGCGACUCCAUGGAGGAUCACUUCCUGAUGGACACGGGCUCCUACGACGAGGACUCGUCAGCCGCCUUGCAGCUGCAGGGUCGGGCCAUGCGCUCGUCUCGCCGCUGCAUCCCUCACCAGCAGUCGUGCCUGGGUUACCCGCUGCCCUGCUGCAACCCCUGCGACACCUGCUACUGUCGCUUCUUCAACGCCAUCUGCUACUGCCGCAGAGUCGGCCACGCCUGCCCCCCCCGACGCACCUGAUGAUGUCACACUGUCAGAUACGUGCAAACUGAGAAUCACCUGAAUGGAUGCUCUGCCCAUGACAUGUAUGAAAUGUGCUGUUUGUGUAAUAAAU